ACAGCUAUAAAUAUAUGUGUGUGCAUGUGUUUGUUGACACAACUGGAGAAUAAGAGAGAGUUGGUGGCCACUGUGGUGUCGAUCAGACAAGUAAGAAGAUGUCCUCUUUAACUAGAGUGGUGAUCUUGCUGAGCUUGGGGAUAUAUGGAAUAAUGAAAGUUGCAGCAGAUUGUGGAAAAGUUCCCUUGGCUGGGCGCAUUAUGGGAGGGCAGAAUUCAGUACCCGGAAAGUGGCCCUGGCAAGUCAGCAUAAGAGAUGCAAAGGGAACACAUUACUGCGGUGGAGCUCUGGUUGAUAAUAAGACUGUUAUCUCUGCUGCUCACUGUUUCCCUAAUACCAAUGUGACUAAAUCACCAGUCACGGCUUGUCUGGGAUCUUUCAAUCUAACCGAGGCAAAUCCAAAUGAAGUUUGUGUUAAAGUAAAAAACAUCACCAAUUACCCCAAUUACACCAAAGAUGCAGACAGCGGAGACAUCAGCAUCCUGGAACUUGAUAGUGAAUUAAACAUGACCAACUACAUCUUCCCUGUUUGCAUCCCAGUUUCUGGACUCAAUUUCCCAACAGGCCAAAAUUGCUGGCUUACUGGAUGGGGGGAUAUCAAGUUUGGAACCAAUUUGCAGAGCCCUAAAACCCUGCAGGAGGUGUCCUUGCGGCUGAUCGAUGCAAAGAAAUGUAAUGAAACAUAUAACAUCAAUGCAGGGGGUGCUGCCAAGGCAGAGAUUCGCGAUGACAUGAUAUGCACAGGGUACCCUGAGGGUGGAAAGUCUGCCUGCCAGGGUGACUCUGGAGGGCCUGUAGUUUGUCUUAAGGACGGGUUGUGGUACUUGGUUGGGGUAGUGAGCUUUGCAGCAGGUUGUGGACUACCAAAGCGCCCCGGGGUAAACACUUUAGUCCCAUCCUUUACCAACUGGAUUCUACAAAAUGAUCCCCAUGCUUUUGAGAAUGUUCGUCCUGAACCGACCACUACAGUGGCUACUACUACUACUACUACUACUACUACUACUACUAGUGGAGCAUCGACCAGACUUAUCUCCAGCCUCCUCAUCCCUGUUUCAUUCAUUCUGCUAGUCAGUCACUCAAGCUCUUCUUCUUUCCAACAAAGAUUUUCUUAAUUCAUGAAUUUGGAUAGGACUACACCACUUGAAGAAGAAACCAAUAAAUAUGUAGAAACAAUUGUGUACAGAUGCGAGAGGUCCUCUGAGGAAAGAGGGAAACCAAGACAACUGGGCCUUCCUUAUCGUUGUCCUUUUUUAGCUGCCAUGUACCCCAAAUGCAUUCAAUAAAUAAAGAUGAAUUUAUCCUUAUAUAAAGAGAAA